UCUUUCUUUCAGUUUAAGGUUCCCAAACAUGACUUCCAGAAAAGCCCAUAUGCACCAUCAUAAAUAAUAAAAUAAAAUUGUCACGUUUGUCUCCUAUGUACCAAACUAGUAAUCCUCCAAUCCAUCCCACAACAUGGCUUUCUUUUCAAGUACAGAUAGCCUACAAAUACACUCUUCCAUUUCAUAUUUCACCAACUCAUAACUUCUACACCAAAAUUCAAACGAUUCAAAUCAGGUUUGUUUCGUAUACCUCGUUUAAGAAUCCGAUUGUUGUGAAUCGAUAAUAAAAUAAAUAGCCCACGUACACCAUGGUCUACGAAAGGAACUCGUCGAAGAAAGUAUGCGUGAUUGGAGCGGGGCCCGCAGGGCUAGUCGCGGCGCGUGAGCUGAGGAAGGAAGGCCACGAUGUGGUGGUUAUCGAGCAAAGCCACGACGUUGGAGGUCAAUGGCUAUAUAACCCUAAAGUUGAGGAAGAAAAUCCAUUGGGGCAAGAUUGUGAUUUCUUGAAAGUCCAUAGUAGCAUUUACGCCUCGUUGAGGCUAACUUCGCCGAGGGAGAUAAUGGGGUUCACAGAUUUCCCGUUUGUCGUGAAGAAAGGUAGGGAUACGAGGAGAUUUCCCGGUCAUAAGGAACUUUUCUUUUACCUACAAGACUUUUGUGAGAGGUUUGGAUUGAGAGAGAUGAUAAGAUUCAAUACUAGGGUUGAGAAUGUCGAAAUGUUGGAAAAUCUUUCUUUCGGGAAGGAUUUGAAGUGGGUGGUGAAAAGCAAGGCGGAGAAGGCGACUGUGGUGGUGGAAGAAGUAUACGAAGCGGUGGUUGUUGCCACCGGCCACUACUCUAAGCCUAGGUUGCCUACAAUAAAAGGAAUGGAUGCGUGGAAGAGAAAUCAAAUGCAUAGUCACAUUUACAGGGUUCCAGAGCCCUUCAAGAAUGAGGUAGUUGUGGUUGUUGGAAGUUCAUUAAGUGGGCAAGACAUAUCAAUUGAGCUUGUGAAUAUGGCAAAGGAGAUUCACUUAAGUGCCAGAUCAUCACUUAACAUUUCCCAAGGCUUAUCACAAGUCAUCUCUAAAUACCCUAAUCUUUUUCUUCGUCCACAGAUAGAGUCGUUGCACGAGGAUGGAAGGGUUUCGUUCGGCGAUGGCUCUUGGAUUAUCGCAGACACCAUCAUAUACUGCACCGGGUAUUCUUAUUCAUUUCCAUUCCUUGAUACCAAAGGAAUAGUAGUAGUAGAUGAUGAUAGAGUUGGACCACUCUUUGAGCACACAUUUCCUCCUUUGUUAGCUCCUUCUCUAUCCUUUAUUGGCAUCCCUAGAAAGAUUAUAGGGUUUCCUUUCUUUGAAUCCCAAGCAAAAUGGAUUGCACAACUCCUGUCUGGGAAAAGAGUGUUGCCAUCAUGGGAUUAUAUGAUGCAAUCAAUCAAGGAUUUUUAUCAAUCAAGGGAUGUUUCCGGUAUCCCAAAGCACAAUACUCAUGAUGUUGCAUCUUUUGAGUAUUGUGAUAAAUAUGCAGACUACAUAGGUUUCGCGCAUUUAGAAGAAUGGAGGAAGGAUCUUUGCCUUUCGGCUCUAAGAAAUUCCGAAAUCAACUUGGAGACGUAUCGUGAUUCGUACAAACAAGACGAAGAGAUGCUUCAAGUUGCUCUCAACAGCCCUCACUUCACUCAACUCGGACCUGAUCAAGAUUCGACUCAAUGAACUACAUUCGAGUUUUUUCAUAGUAGUAAUUAAACAAAUUCAAACUCAUACGACGCCGAAAUGAGUCGAGCAAUUUUAUUUAUUUAUUUCUUUUUUAAUUAAGACGAAAAGGAACAAUUUUUCUUAUUAUUUUUGUUGACCAAUUGUAUGAAACAUCAGGCAUUUGAGGAACAAAGCUGUGAGAAGAGAAUAUGUUGUGAUCA